AUGACUUCACAACCCUUAAAUGAGACCCAAGGGUCCAAGGCCCAGCUGGUAACGAAGCACAUCGCGCCGAACAAUCUCCUCUCGUUGGCUUCCCAGGGCAAGAUCUGCACGGCUUUUGGCAUCAAGAUCAUUGCUGGCGGCGAGAUUGUCCAGAUUGCAAAAGCCGCCGGCUACGACUCUCUGUUUAUCGAUCUCGAGCACACCACGCUCACGAUACGCGAUGCUGGCCAGCUUUGCCUCACCGCCAACUCGGCCGGCAUCACCCCGUUCGUCAGAGUACCGCACGAGUGCGGCUUGGGAUUCAUGCAAAAGGUACUCGAUGCCGGUGCCAUGGGCAUAAUCGUCCCGCACAUUCACACCGUGGACGAUGCACGCCGGGUCAUCAAUGUGUCCAAAUAUCCUCCCCUUGGCCAUCGAUCCAUCAGCGCCGGCUUCUCUCACUUCGAGUACGCUCCGCUCCAGCCUAGUGUGAUCCAGGCCGAGCUCAACGCCGCGGGCUCGACUGUCUUCAUCAUGAUCGAGACGGCAGAUGCUCUCUCAAAUGUCGAUGAGAUCGCGGCCCUCCCAGGCUGUGACGUGCUACUGGUUGGAUCAAACGACUUGGCCAGUGAGAUCGGCACGCUGCCUGACUGGGACCACCCCGACUUCAUCGAGGCUCUCCGCAAGGUGGGAGCAGCCGCUUCCAGGCACGGUAAGCAGAUGGGUAUUGCAGGCUUGUAUCACCGACCGGACAUUCUAUCCAAGGUGAUUAACGAGUUUGGGGCUAAAUGGAUCGUUGGCGCCCAGGAUGUUGGGCUCUUGCUGGCUGGCGGCCGGGCCAACUCGGAUUUGCUGCGAAGCUUGCAGGCUUGA